AUGAAAACUAGCUGGAAGAAGGAGUUGGAGUCUGAAGAAUUUUCGAGAACAAUGGGAGAAAGAAUAGAGAAAUAUGCGACACAGAGAUACCUGAUGAAAACAGGACGUGGUCCAGGAACCCACGAAAUACCCCAGUGGCCUGACAUCAUUCUGGACGAAGCUUGCAAGGCUGUUAAAAGAGACGUUGGAUUUGGAACUGUUCCCCUUUUCCAACCUGCUUGGCCAUCGACUACUCCUGGACCAGUUUCAGGGUAUACAAGGAAGUGUCCUUAUUACUACCUGGACAAAAGAAGACGCGAGGGACAGUCUUGCGUGCCAACUUUUGAAUACGAUGGUUUGCGGCCUAGAUUCCGUACUCUAACGAAACCUUGGACGCUGCCAUGCAAUUUGUACGACGUGAGACAUCCAAAAUCUCUUGAAACUUACCUGGAGAAGAUUACUGGAAAAAGAGGACCCUACGAUUUGUUCACAGGACCAAGGGAUGAAAGCACGAUCAAGGGCUAUUUUGCAACUGUGAAGUUGGAGGAUCGUGGAGACUGGCCUAGAUCGUUGCCAGCAGAAAUGGACAAAUUGUUGCAUAAAUCGUAUUAUUUUAAGGGACGUUGGACCACCUGUCCAAGAUUUCCUAAGGUGUCAGGUACAAGAGCGAUGUUGAAAGAUCUAGCAUUAUGUUACAAAGAUCCAAAGGAACCAGGCCCUGGUCAUUACGACCCUAAAUUACUAAGGAAACCAAAGAACACAAAGAAUUAUCCUUUUAAUAUAAACAUUGAAUUUAUCAGGCCAGGUCCAUCAUGGGAAAUGCCUGGCCCAGGAAGGUACAAAGUCAAAGAUAUGCGAACUAUAGAAGGAAACGGAUGGACAUUUCUCUUCAAAAGCAAGGCGCCACGAACAGAUUUUAUUAGAAUCCCUACCUACAAUGCUUUUUAAUUUUUCCUCCCAAUUAUUAAACAAGGGAUUAAAUUCAAUUUAAAGAUAGCUUACUUCAUCUUUGUGAUUUUCUUCCGGCUGAUACGUAACUGGAAGCUUCAAGAUGGAGCCAGUUUCGAUCAUCCUUCCAGGAGGCACGAAAAAUGGUCCAAAUGGAUCUAAUAAACUCACGUCUAUCUUCACGUUUCUAAUUGAAACGAGUAUCAAAUUUUGAAAUCAUUUUUUUAAAUAUUCUCAUAUAUAUCUUAUAACAUUUAUAAAAUUAUUAUUC